AUGAGCUUCUCAACCGAAACGUCAAGAACUUAUGAUCAUUCACUGAGUGUCAUCGAAAUGUUGUGGAUGGCAAUUCUUGCCACAUUCCUGAUUGCACCUAUGCUUCUGUGGUGCAUACGAAAAUGUCAGAGUGCACGACAGGUCUCACCAGGAGCAGCAGCAACAACAUCAAAUGCGAGAGCGCCCAAGACCAAACAAGAAAUCGAGGCGCGCAAAACGUACUUGGAACAUCAUUUGAAAAUCCACAAGGUCGUAACGAGUACUAUUGACACAAAUCGUAGUGAGGCAAAAGAUGACCCUGAGAAAACAACGGCAACAACAACAACAACAACGACGACUCCAUCCACUGCUGAUAUUUCAAACAUCACAAAGGGAGACUUGAUAUUGCCACCACCAGCACCAUCAUCAUCACCAUCACCAUCAGUACCAGCCGCAGAUUCACAAGAUACAUCCGAGGAUGAUGCAUCAUUAGAUGCUAUUGAUAUGGAUAUGGAUGAUGAUGACGAUCGACCCAUGUGUGCCAUUUGCGUCAAUGCCUACAAAGCGAAUGACAAUAUUUGUUGGUCCAAUAAUUGUCAAUGUCAUCAUUGUUUUCAUCAGGAAUGCAUUACCGAAUGGUUGCUCCUUCAUGAGGAAUGUCCUUGUUGUCGAUUGCCAUUUUUGGUGAAUGGAGUUGGUAGCAAAAAAGGAACUGGUGACGAAGAACAAGGUGGUGGUGACACGGAUGUGAGCCAUGCCGAAAGUAGUCUUGCGAGCCACGAUCCACGAACCAACUUGCGGUUUUCGACCCAAGACGAGGAUUCCUUUCAGAGAAUGGUGGCCAGUCUACGAAAUUCCUACCACUCAAUACAGUCUCCUCGUGCAGUGGGGGAAGAAGAAAUGGAAUCAUCAAAAGCAUCGCCAUCCAGAGCAGAGAAUCACGACACUAUAGAUGCAUCUGGACGAACCGCGGUCAUGGAUGCGUCUGGACGAACACAAGUCAUGGUGGAUCCAGAAACGCUUUUAAAACAGCCAAACAGUGCAGAAAAUACCAAUGCGGAUAACACAGCAUUUGUCGAUGUUGAGCUCGGAGAGUCGGAUGAAAGCAGCCAUGGUGAUGCAGCAGCAGAUUCGACCGAGCAUUCCGAAGAGCAUACGCAACACUGUUAA